AUGUUCGGCGCCUUCAGACCCACUUCAGCUCUAUCAGGAGGUCUGCUAUGGAAAAUCCCAUGGCGACUCUCAGCACCGCAAAAGCUGCGCCAGCGCCGUCGCCUUCGUCGCGUCGACAACAUCGUCUCGGUCCUUGACAGCGCUCUGCAAAGACAGAUCCAGUCGCAACCCGCCACGACUGCCACAGAAGGAAUUGGCGCCACUCAGGCCACCACUGGAGAGCUCGCUCAAACCGCACAGGGCCAGCGCUUGAUGAACGCAGAGGUCAACGCUCCUCUCAAUGAGCGCAGACAUGGCAGAGGCCCGAGGCAGGGCGAAAUUCUCAGUGGAAGCUUGCCUUCGGGCACUGUCACCAUGACCGGUGAUCAGGCUAGAAAGAUGGGCACCAUCAAGUUGAUCGAACGUUGGAAGGCCGAGAUGCCUACCGAGGCCGAAAUGCUGCCAAGAGACAAAUACACCAUGUUCGAUCGCAAGGAGAAGAAGUACAGAAAGGGCAUUCACAAGCUACCCAAGUGGACGAGAGUCUCUCAACGCUUGAACCCUCCUGGUUUCUAA